GCCAAUCAAAGGCGUAGCCGGGCUUUGGCGGGAGACGGGAACGGUGUCGCUGAGCGAAUUUGGCGCGAGCGCGUCUGUAUUUUGCUGCCUGCUGGUGUUCGGUUUGGCCGGGAACGGUGGUGGAGUCUGAGGCGGUGUGUGAGGGACGUGAGGAACCUGCACUGAGGUGACGCAGCCCUGAGAGAGGAGAGGAUUGCCCGGGAGACUGAGGGCUGCGGAGCUGCGCGGAGGUUGAGGUUUCCGCGAGACCCGAGAAACGUAGUAUUGCCAUCAUGCCUCAAACCCGAUCCCAGGCACAGGCUAAAAUCAGUUUUCCAAAGAAGAAGCUUUCUCGGACAGUGGACAAAAGUAAAAACCCUGGUGACGUCAAAGUAGAACCAGCAAAUGCGCACACUCUGCCCUCUUCUCCUUGCACAAAAAUUCUGCCUCUGAGCCCCAGAAAACGUCUGGGUGAUGACAACCUAUGCAACACUCCGCAGUUACCUCCCUGUUCACCACCAAAGCAAGGCAAGAAAGAGAACGGCCCCCCUCGCUCACAUACACCUAAGGGACGCAGAUUAAUAUUUGAAAAUUCGUUGACAGUUAAGUCUCCUAGCAAAAAAGAACAAGCCAGAGUUCCCCAAAACAAAAUACUUUCCUCGUCUCGAAAAGGUCAAGAGAGUACAACAAAUUCUGCACAGAGAUGUCCAUCGGAGAAAGAAUCUGUAUGCAUGAGACUGUUCAAGCAAGAAGGUACUUGCUACCAGCAAGCAAAGCUUGUCCUGAAUACAGCUGUCCCGGAUCGGCUGCCUGCCAGGGAGAAGGAGAUGGAUGUCAUCAGGAAUUUCCUAAGGGAGCACAUCUGUGGGAGAAAAUCGGGAAGUCUUUACCUCUCUGGUGCUCCUGGAACUGGAAAAACUGCCUGCUUAAGCCGAAUCCUGCAAGACCUCAAGAAGGAGCUGAAAGGCUUUAAAACUAUCAUGCUGAAUUGCAUGUCCUUGAGGAGUGCCCAGGCUGUGUUCCCAGCUAUUGCUCAGGAGAUUUGUCAGGAAGAGGUGUCCAGGCCAGCUGGGAAGGAUAUGAUGAGGAAACUGGAAAAACAUCUGACUGCAGAGAAGGGCCCCAUGAUUUUGUUAGUCCUGGACGAGAUGGAUCAGCUGGACAGCAAAGGACAGGACGUGUUGUACACACUGUUUGAAUGGCCGUGGCUGAGCAGUUCUCGAUUGGUGCUGAUUGGUAUUGCGAAUACCCUGGACCUCACAGACAGAAUUCUGCCUAGGCUUCAAGCUAGAGAAAAUUGUAAGCCUCAGCUGUUGAACUUCCCACCUUAUACCAGAAAUCAGAUAGCUACUAUCUUGCAGGAUCGACUUAAUCAGGCGUCUAGAGAUCAGGUUGUGGACAGUGCUGCCAUUCAGUUCUGUGCCCGCAAAGUCUCUGCUGUUUCAGGAGAUGUUCGCAAAGCGCUAGAUGUAUGCAGGAGAGCUAUUGAAAUCGUAGAGUCGGAUAUUAAAAGCCAGACUAUCCUGAAACCACUAUCUGAAUGUAAAUCAUCCUCUGAGUCUCCGGUUCCCAAGAGAGUUGGUCUUACUCACAUAUCCCAAGUCAUUUCAGAAGUUGAUGGUAAUAGGAUGACUUUGAGCCGAGAAGGAGCACAAGAUUCCUUCCCACUUCAGCAGAAGAUUUUGGUGUGCUCUCUGCUGCUCUUGACCAGGCAGCUGAAGAUCAAAGAGGUCACUCUGGGAAAGUUGUAUGAAGCUUAUAGUAACGUCUGUCGCAAACAGCAGGUGGCAGCUGUGGAUCAGUCAGAGUGUCUGUCACUUUCAGGGCUCUUGGAAGCCAGAGGCAUUUUAGGAUUAAAGAAAAAUAAGGAAACCCGUUUCACAAAGGUGUCUUUGAAGAUUGAAGAGAAGGAAAUAGAGCAUGCUCUGAAAGACAAAGCUUUAAUGGGAAAUAUCUUAGCUACUGGAUUGCCUUAAAUUGUUACUGCACAUCGGGCAAUAUUCAGCUGGCAUUUAGCGAAGGAGUCUUCGUUUUAGUACUUUAUACACUCAGGUCUGAAAACAAAUAUGACCUUUCAUACUUGAAACCAAUGAAUUUUAACCUAUAGACUCAUGAAUAUUAGCGCAGAAUAAUAUGUUUGGAUCUUAUUUUCACCCAUAAAAAUGACCACGUAGACCCUUUUCAAUUACAUUUAGUACCCUCUACCACUUGUGUGCCUCUAACCAGUUGUAUUUGCAGGUAUGCAGAUUUGUAGGGUGGAAUGCAUAUACACUUACCUAUUACUUUCUUCAAACAUUGAUAUAUUAUGUUAAGAACUUUGAAGUUAGGGUAAGAAGAAUGAAAAGGAAUGAUCCUGAAAGCAAGUCCACAUGGUGAUUUGGAGGACACUUUGAUCAAAGAAUUUCUUUUGGGGGUAUACUGUGUUCGUGUUGUGGAUUCUGCCACAUUGUGACAUUUUAAAGACUCAUUGUGUUUCUUGGGUACUCCGAAGCUUGAGGGACUGGUAAGGAGAAUGUAACUCUGCAAAUUGUGAAUAUAUUUAUUUUAUUUUAUUUAUUUUCAAGUUGUAGUCUUAGUCUUUUUAAGCAAUCACAUUUCGAGAGAGCUCAAGCUUCCAGAUGGCAAUAUGAAAACUCCUUCCCAAACUGUCCUACAGUCUUAGUUACCCUCAGAUGAAACCUUUGUUUCAAGAUGCCUUAGUCUGGGGUUGGAUUUUCAUCUGAACACAUAUUUUCCCAGCCUCAUUAGAUAAAUUAAUCCAUGUGGAUAGUCACAAGUUCUCUUCUGGGUUUGGUUUCUAGUGGCAUUAAAUGGCAAUGUUUAACAGGGACACCAGAGGGCACCAUUAUAACACUGACAAAGUGUGGGCUUGGGGCUGGGGUGGUUUUGCGGGAAGGAGGGGAAGAUACCUAAAAGUUUGAUUUGUUUGGGAGAUUGUGUUUUUAUAGCUCAUGCAAAAACUUGAAAUUUAAACCAUGUGAUGCGAAUCGUCUAAAGAGGCAAUAUCAAGUCUCUGCUCAUCCUUGAGUUCUGCUGUCUCCUUGUGCCUUCUGACAUGGCCUUGAGUUUGGAAACUUGAUAUGUUACCAAUGAUAAGUUGGCCACUGUUUCAUUCAUUCUCCCCACUGUAUCCUUGUAAUGUGAUCUGAGCUACAGCAGGUGGUAUGGGAUAGAAGGGCAAGCGGAGAGCCCUCUGAAAUGAACACUGCCCAUUGGAGUGUACAGCAGAAGACAGUCGGUGGACCUGAGUCUGAAUAUCGUUCUUCCCUCACACCCCUUUAUUACAGCAUUCACAUUUCCUCUGGGGGUAAUUUGCACGUGGGAAACACAGUUCUAAACCUCGAAGGUUGGAAAGUGUCUGGGGCUAUAAGAGUUAACAAGCAUAAUUGCAAAGAUUGUCCGAAGGCUGAUGGAAAGCAGAGACUGAAUGGGAUUGAGAACAGAUGCGAGGCUUGAUUUAAAUUACAUUUUAUUGGAUGCUGCAGCCUUAAGAGACGUGACUGCUUUACAGUUUGUUUCCACACUGUGGGCAGCUGCUGUCUGUUCUGUGUCCACAGUAGGAUCCUGCCCAAAAAGGAGCGGCCUCCCCACCUCGUUGUGUUUGAGGCUUGGCGCCUUCCUCUUAACUGUACAGCCUGAGUCAGGAACAUGGCUUGACUCGCAGUGGGGCUGCUAUGUAUCCUCCCUGGCUUUCAGCCAAGAUCACAUUUACGGAUUCAAAGAGGCAAAUUUCUUUCCCCUCUGCCUCCUUUCUCUCCCUUUCCCCUGGUAUUUGGAAAUAGGGUUUUCUGUAGGCUGGUUUGUUAGUUUCCUUUCCUUUAGUUCUCUCCCCACUGUCAAUUUCUAGGUCAUUGCUGCUCUUAAGACUUUAGCAAUUGGAACAGGGUUGGUUCUGUCAAUGGCGCGUGAAGCAGACUUAGAGUCCCUGCUUGGCUUCUGCUGCCCUUGUGGGAGCAAAAGCUGAUAUAUGCUUGUCAGUAAAGUCUUAAGUGUAAUUCAGACAGCCAGGAAAGCAGGGAGGAAAAGUCCUUUCCUGAUUGGCUUUCCUCACUGAGGCUGAGAGCUACAGGAAGGUAGUGGGAGUUCUGGUGGGAGGGGCUCAGCUUACCAUUUCUAGUUCUUUGCCAGGGUCACAGGAUGCUUCCCAUAUAGUGGCAAAGAUGCUGACCUACAUUCUUUUAAAGGUGGUGGGGUGUGUGUCUGUCUCGGUUUAUCUUUGUUUUUCCUUGGAUGAGCAAACCAAGCUUUGAUAGAAUGUUGGGCAUUGCUGUGGAAGGUGCAUAGGUGCAAUAAAGUUGGUUUGAGUGUCAAUCGGAUCAGCACAGUG